AUCCAGUCAAGCGUGAUUGUCACCGCUUACCUCAGCCGGAAAAGAGCCGCAACCCCAACAGAGUGAGGCCGACGUCGGGGCCUUUUGACGCAUCGCUUCAUCUCGACUACCUUUAGUCUAUCUUUACCUACAAUCUCGAAUUUCCUGACCCUUCGCUCUACCUGUGGUAAUUGCUAUCUAGGGGGCUUCUUCUUCUUCUCCUUGCGUCGCUUCCCUCUCUCCGCUCUCUUGUACCUGGGUCCGCCCGACACUCUCCGCUCUCACCCUUCCGAACUCUCCCAUAACACACACCUUCGCCCGCCGCGCUCGGUCUAAAGUCAUAUCAAACCCCUUCACAAUGUCGUCUCGUGUCGGUCUCCGCUUUUUCCAGAACUCUCGCGCUGCUUUCCGCAAUGCAUAUGGCCCCUUCCGUCGGCCUGGCGCCCAGGGUUUCCGGUUCCAGAGCUCAGAUGCCGCCGCGGCCGAGCAACAGAGCACUUUCCAGCGCCUAUGGAACAGCCCGGUCGGUGUGAAGACGGUGCAUUUCUGGGCCCCGGUUAUGAAGUGGGCUCUCGUCAUUGCUGGUAUUUCCGAUCUUAGCCGUCCCGCCGAGAAGCUGUCCCUGACCCAGAACGGUGCUCUGAUGGCCACCGGUGCUAUCUGGACUCGCUGGUGUAUGAUCAUCACUCCCAAGAACUACCUGCUUGCUGCUGUCAACUUCUUCCUUGGCAUCGUCGGUGUCGUCCAGGUCACCCGUAUCGUUCAGUACCGCCGUAGCUUGGAUGGCUCUACCACGGAGGCUGUGAAGGAUCUGGAGAAGGAGGUGGUUGAUGAUGCCAAGGCUGUUGCUGCUACCACCGAAGCCGCUGUCAAGAAGUCGGCUUAAAUGUCCCUUUUUGGGCGACCGAGAAGGGGGUUUGAUCAUGUAAGCUGGACACUCCGUCAAAAUUAGAUUAGAUUUCUUUCAUUUCUUCGAAACAUGGGGAUUGUCGGUGUACCACUCGGAUGGUCUAAGGAGCAGCGACCGUGGAGGGGCGGAGAAAUCCCGCUAGGACUUUUUUCUUUUUUUUCUUUUUUUACCAUUUUGCGCAUGUAUAUAUUUCCAUUGACUAGAAUGAAAGAUUUGAA